AUGGAGUAUGCUAAUUUACGACGCCAAGCAGCAUCCUUGAAAAGGAGCCUCUUUGAUCAGGGGUAUUUGGAUGAGCAAUUUUGCCAGGUUGAGGACUUGCAGGAUGAAGCAAGCCCCAAUUUUGCAGAAGAAGUGGUCUCCUUGUUCUUCAAGGACUCAGCGAGGCUAGUGACAAACAUUGAGCAAGCUAUGGAGAAGUAUCCAAAAGAUUUCAAUAGAUGGGAUGCACACAUGCAGCAGCUUAGAGGCAGCUGUUUUAGCAUCGGCGCUUCUAAGAUGAACAAUGAGUGCACAUCUUUCAGGAACAGCUGUGGAGAAGAAAAUGCUGAAGGCUGCAGGAGAACUUUCCAGAAAGUGAAGAGGGAGCAUGCUAUUCUGAGGCAGAAGCUGGAGUCCUACUUCCAGCUGCUGCGACAAGCUGGUCCUGCCAGGGCCGCGACCAGGCCUGGAAGCAUGUAA